UAUUAAUACCUGGUACUUGUGCUGUCAAAAUGUCCGCCGUUGAUGUUUGUAGAAAAUUGGGAGAGGACGGACGCGAUCUCAAACUCGCUGGCAAUGUCGGCUUUGUCAGCCUCCCUGAUCAGCUUGUCAACAAAAGAGUGAAUUGUGGAUUCUACUUUAAUAUCUUGUGUGUAGGGGAAACAGGCAUUGGCAAAUCAACAUUAAUGGAUUGUCUUUUCAAGACAACAUUUGACAGUGUCCCUCACACGCAUCAUUCACCUGAUGUUGGUAUUGAAGAUCAUAUGUAUGAAAUACAAGAAAGCAAUGUGAAUUUAAAGCUAACAAUUGUCGAUACAGUUGGCUACGGAGAUCAAGUGGAUAAAACAGACAGCCACCAGAAAGUUGUCGAAUACAUUGAUAAACAGUUCGAAGCGUAUUUACAAGAAGAGCUAAAAAUUAAAAGAUCAUUGAGCACUUAUCACGACACCAGGAUUCACGCUUGCCUUUAUUUCAUUUCUCCAACAGGGCACUCCUUGAAGUCAUUGGAUCUGGUCUGUAUGAAACAGUUGGAUAAAAAGGUUAACAUCAUCCCGAUCAUUGCUAAAGCUGAUACCAUCUCGCAAUCGGAGCUGAAGGAGUUUAAAGAAAAGAUUAUGGAUGAACUGAAUUCAGAUGAUGUGCAAAUUUACAAAUUUCCGGUCGAUGAUGAAAAAGAAGCCGAACUUAACAGCUCGAUGAAUGAACAAAUUCCGUUCGCUGUUGUUGGCAGUCGAGAUGAAGUGACUGUUGGUAAAGACAGAGUUCGUGCCCGACAAUAUCCAUGGGGCACUGUGUUAGUUGAAAACGAGACUCACUGCGACUUCGUUAAAUUACGUGAGAUGCUUCUAAGGACUAACAUGGCCGAUCUAAUCGAGACAACCCACGAAAAACAUUAUGAAUUGUACCGUAAAAACAAACUUGCUGAAAUGGGCUUCGCGGACACUGAUUCCGAAAGUCAACCACUAAGUUUGCAAGAAACGUAUGAACAACGACGCAAAGAUUACAUGGGUGAACUUCAGAAGCGUGAAGACGAAAUGAGAAGCAGUUUCAUUAAGAAGGUGAAGAGCAAGGAAGCAGAACUGAAAAAAGAAGAGCAGGAGCUUUAUGCAAAGUUUGAACAUCUUAAGAAGGAACAAGCCGAGAAGAAGAAAAACAUUCAGCACGAGCAACAACAAUUGGACGAAGAAAUUAAUCUUUUUGAGCAACGCAAGAAGCAAGCAACAUUAAUGGCGCAAGGACAAAAAGACAAAAGAAGAAAAUAAUGGUUUGAUAUAUUAACAAUUAUUUUUGUAUUCAAUAUUUUGAAAAAGUUAGUGGACAACAGUACAUGCAUAUAUUUGUAGUUUUGAGGAUAUGUUAUAAUGCACAAGCUACUUACCUAUAUAGUAUACGUCCUGUGUAUUUAAUCUAAUGGAUGCUGGUGAAUCAAACUUAUUCAUUAUUGCCUAAUCCAUUCUAUAUUAUAAUACGUUUUAACGCCAUAUACAUAAUAUGCAUUGAAAUAUUA